AUGGACGUCGAUAUCGACGCAGAUCAUGAUGUACCAGAUUUUGUACGAGCCUGGCAUCCAUCAGUUCGUCGACCUAUCAUUCCCAUCGAUCCGAAGAUCUACCACGAAGCCAUUCAUCCUCGCGCUAUUUUCGAGCUUUGUAAAACUCCCUCCGGCGAAUAUGUAUCCGUUGUUCCCUAUUCCUGCGACUAUUGUCGUUCGGUAAAGCAAUCUUGUUCGCGUCUCUUGCCCUGCGAUCGGUGCACCAAGGCUGAUCGGCCUUGUGAUGCCAGUCAACCAGGCUAUCAGAAGCUUCCCCCGCCCAAGGUGACCAAGCUUAAAAAACGUCCAACAGCCUCUUCAUCCCCACCAAUAUCCGGAAUGUUCCAAACCCCACCGGCGCCACCCUCCAAGACGAUAGUAGCUUCAGGAUCCAGCCAACCCAUUACAACUUCUUCAAACCCUCGGUCACCUAAGAAACCGAAAUUGACCCAUCCAAACUCUUCAAGUAUUCCCAAAAAAACUUUCAAAUACAAGGGGAAUAAGAAUAUGGUUGAUGGUAACCCCCUUCAAAACAUACCUCUCAAACAACCAGUCAACCCAGAAACUGGGAGCGGUCAGUACCUCGUCAUAUUUCCCAUUCGUGCACAUAACGCGUCAGGAAUAGAUGCCGCAAUCUCCACAGCGCCGGUUUGGACUUUUGUUAGGCCUCCAAAGACCAAGUGUGCGACUGACAGCUGUGCAACUGUUCCCACAGUCGAUACCCUUCCUUGCACACCUUGCAUACCUCGAGUCUGGGCAAAUUCUCGAGCAGAAAUUACUUCAAUAUUUCCUGAACUCACAAAGUCUCUUACGGGUAUCUCGUGGCGGCAGUUUCAAAUGCCCGCAUUGUUCCUAGAGCAUCCCCACCCCGAGCAUUCUUGGAGAGAUAAAAACACUCUGAAAGUUGUUUUGGAGUGGAGUUUUCAACACGGACCCGAAGUACUUGUACGUGACGAUUCGCAUGACAUAACAUAUGAGGAAAGGCCCUCCGACAACAGUGAUCUGGCAGCACGGGUGGAAGAAAGCGGGUCUGUCAAGGAUGAAGCGCCCUCCUUCUUCCCUAUCAAAAGCGACCAUCUGCAGUUCAAUUUCUCAUCGUUCACUGCACCUCUUACUGCGGGAUCUGAAGGUGGGCUCGUUCGAAUUCUUUCCAUUCCGUCACUUAGAUUACGAAAAGUGUUGCCAUCCGAUAUCAUGGCUGUGUCACAGUUACCCACGUCAACUCCAGUACCGGUAUUAAAUUCACCAUCGCCGAUGGUCUUGUCUCCAUCUCUAGGUCUGGAACCGGAGACGCCAGCGGUGCCUUCCUCGGCAACUCCUCAAUUCCAACUCCAGAUACCUGAACCCCAGAUACCUGAACAAAGGCCAUUUGAGAUCGAGACAUUGGAUCAGUGUCGCAUGGACAACACCCCCUUACUUGUUUUCGUAUCUCGAGAAAGCGGGCUCUUACCACUGCAGCUCCCUCCCGAGUACGCAUGCUCUUGCUUGGGAUUAUUUGUCAUAUCUGACCUGAACGCAGAUAUAGACAAUACAGUCAUAACUAUUUCUAAAACUCAGAAGUGCGAACGUGUACGAUGGCACCUUACCUUGGAAUGGGUACCGGGAGGCGAAGAAGGGUUGUUGGAAAAUAUCAAUGAAAAGUCGUACCCAUGGUGGAUUGAUCCUGUCGAAAAGGAGGCUGGCGCAGUGAAGACACCCAGAGACCUAAGCUCCCUCUAUUUUAGCUUUCUGCCUUUGGACCUCCUUGCGGGCUUCAAACCUAGCGAGUAUUUUCCAAGAGGCUGGUACUGCAGAGACUGUGGGAUGCUUAAUGCGCAGAGGUGUUUUCGACACCAGAUCUGCCAGAGUUCCAGAUGCAAACGUAGACUGGAGCGGGGAAAAGUACCAACCAAUGAUGAUGCCUUGAUUCGCCACAUUGAUCCGCUACAAGCACUUCGAGGACCACAUCAUCGUUUACCCAUACAGGAUCCUCUCGAUUAUGCACCUUCGUCAGUUGGCAAAAUUGAUUCCUCGUGGGACGACAUGAUGCGAAAUUUGACGUAUCAAGUCAACAGUGGUGUGAGAGUACAACAUAUUUUCACUGGUAACCAAGAAAUAUUGCAGCAGGAUGCAACAAAACUACUCCUCGACAUACAGAAAGAUGUUAUCCUUUCCCGCAGUGACCUACAUAGUCCCUAUUUUACUUGGUCCACGAAACUUAAUCACGAACAUAUCUGCUCCGGAGAUCCAUCAGGACAGCCUGAAAUACCUAGACUUGUCUUCGACAUCCAGGAUACCCUGCUUCAUUAUAUGCAAGCGUAUGGCGAAGUCAACGAUGUCAACAUCAACCAUAUCAUGAUUCAGGCAUGGGCUACUCCGGGCUCGAGACGGGGCGCCGUUUUCAACGCGAAGAGCCACGUUGUCGCCAUCAUCUGUCUGGGUGCCGAAGUCGUCAUGAAUUUAGUACCCAAACGUGGUUUCACGGAGAUCCCCAUUGAAAGUGCGGAGGGCCGCAUGGAGAUUGAUGGCGAGCGGAUCUUAAGUGCGUCGCAGCUGGUGGAUAAUGGUUGUUCGGAACCUCUUGCGUCGGCAGCAGUAAUUGUGCCAAACGACUGCCGCCAAACUGGUGGUGACCUUAACGCCGCAGAUCAACCUGACCCAGCGAGCCUUGCUUUGGGGGAGGCAUCUGGACCGUCAAGUAAUGUGGGGGAUGGCAAGGCAGCCAGAAAAGGGAAGGGUACUGGUGCCAAAAAGAAUAAGCAAGCGCCCUUAGAACUUUCCAUGACCCUAGUUCAUGGUGAUGCUAUCAUUCUCGAGGGAGAUGACUUUGAGUACCAAAUCAAGCGCAGCGGAACUACGAUUCUUCUCAUUGGGUCUUAUGAGUGA